AUGUCGCGCUCCCCUCGCGCCGCACGCACCGAGGAGGACGCCCCGCCCACGGACUGGCUGGCCGAGCUGCCGCACGAGCUGCACCUCCGCAUCCUCGAGGGCGUCGACGACUUCUCCGACUGCGCCGCCUUCAGCCUCGCGUCGCCGCGCCUCGGCCUCCUCGCCCUGCGCAGCGGCCUGGCGCGCUUCAAGGACCCUCUCUUCGCCGUGGCGAUGCGGCUGCUGCUCAGCCAGCGCUUCGUCGGUGGCUUCGGUGUGGUGAUGCUCAGCGAGGACACGCUCCGCAGAUAUGCCGCCGAUCACCGCGCCAGCGCCGACCACUUCCCAUGGCUAGCGAGGGUGAGCCCGGCGCUCCGCCUCGCGUCGGAAGUGGAGGGCGCUGGAGAGCGCCGAACCGAGGUCUGGAGGCUGCGGCGCGGCUAUAAUUGCGCGAAGCUGCGUUUGCGUUUCUUGCGGAGCGGCCAGGUGAAGCAUCUCAGGGGCGAGCGAGGAGCAGAGCGGAAGGUGCGCAUGGAGUUUCCCAGCGGCACUGUGCAUUGCUACGAGGGCGAGCGAGGUGCAGAGCGGAUGGUGCGCAUGGAGUUUCCCAGCGGCACUGUGCAUUGCCACGAGGGCGAGCGAGGUGCGGAGCGGAAGGUGCGCAUGGAGUUUCCCAACGGCACUGUGCAUUGCUACGAGGGCGAGCGAGGAGCAGAGCGGAAGGUGCGCAUGGAGUUUCCCAGCGGCACUGUGCAUUGCUACGAGGGCGAGCGAGGUGCAGAGCGGAUGGUGCGCAUGGAGUUUCCCAGCGGCACUGUGCAGUACUACGAGGGCGAGCGAGGUGCAGAGCGGAUGGUGCGCGCGGAGUUUCCCAGCGGCGAGGUGCAGCACUACGAGGGCGAGCAAGGUGCGGAGCGGAAGAUGCGCGCGGAGAUUCCUAGCGGCGCCGUGCAGCAUUUCGAGGGCGAGCGAGGUGCGGAGCGGAAGGUGCGCGUGGAGCGGGCCGACGGCGAGGUGCAGCACUACGAGGGCGACAAAGGUACAGAGCGGAGGGUGCGCGCGGAGUUUGCCAGCGGCACCUUGCUGCACUACGAGGGCGACAAAGGCGCGGAGCGCUUGUGCAGCUCUUUUGAGGGCGAGCGAGGCGCGGAGUAG